AUUGGAUUAUGAAUAAAAAAAAUAAGAAUGCAAAAAAGGAAUCCAAUCAAUAGGUUUAAGAUCAACAAUCGUAAAUGAAUUCUUUAGCUUCGUUGGAUAUUAGUAAAAAAAUAAUUUUCUUAAAAAAAAUAUUAUGGACCUGGUUGAUAUGGCAAAGUGUAAUAGUAUUAAGUUGCUUUGUCAUUUAUAUUGAACCUCCUUUCUUGUCAGUCUUGCUGGAAUUGUUUGAUUCAGAUUUAUUAUUGAUGUUUUUCGUUAGUUUAACUAUAGUUUUAUUGUAUUUUGGAUCAAGCAAUAUAAACUAAAUAGAAGUAAAAUAUUGUUAAAUAAAUUUUAGGAAAAGAGAGCUUAAAUAUAUUUGAUAUCAAUUAUAAUUACUUAGACUUUGCUAUAUUCUUAGAUCACAAGUAAAUUAAACUAAAGUAUUAAAUAAUAAUUAAGUAGCAAACUCAAUAAAUUUCAUAUUGAUCCAUUGUAUGUUGCUGAUUGUGAUUGGUAAUCUACUACUUCAUUUUAGAAUUGUUAGGGAAAUUAAUCAUUAGAUUUAUUUCAAACAAAUGAUAUAGUAUUGUGGAUUAUUAAUAGCGGCAGAAUUCUUUUUUACAAAAACUACUUCAAUAAACACAUUAUAAGGAAUAAUAGUAAUUGUUAGCAUAUUAGGAUUUGGAACAUUUACUUUAAGAUCAAUUGAAUCAUUGACAGAUGGCAAAGUAAAAUUAAAAUUAUAAAAAAGUUUAAUUUAAAAGAGGAACAAGUAUAUUUGGGAUGUGUUGUAGCAUAUACAAAUUUAUUGUUACCAAAUAGAAAAUUUGAAUGAAUAAAUUGUAAAUAG